AUGAGAUCCAUUUACGGACAGCUGUUUUCAAAAUAUAAAUUCACAACAAUACAAUCAAACGAAACAAGGCUGAAAGAACUUGAAGAAGAGAGAGAACGACUUAGGAAAGAAAAAGAACUAGAAUUGCGCAAAGCACUGCAAGAAAAAGAGGAUCAUAAGAUACGAGUUGAAGAAUUAAAACAAACAAGAAUAUUGAUCAGUCAAUUAAACAAACGUUUACAUCAACUUGAAAUACAAUGUCAUGAUCAAUAUACCUGGGAAAGAUAUUUUCAAUGUAAUGAUUUACCUAAUCCAACUAAUGAAAGAGAAAUUAAUACAUAUAUCAGUUUAUGGAAUUCAGAUGAACAACAUCUAUCUAUAGAAGAUGUUAUGAAUGAUUGUAUAAAAAGUUUUAAAAUUAUUGAUGAAUUAAACUUAUUGAUUUCUGAACUAACGGAUCAUGAUGAAGAUCAACUUCAUUUGUUCAAAUACAAUCAUGAUUAA